CAACUUGAGUCUACAACUGUGCGGUGUAGAUGUGGGUCCACUGGUGUCGUGUCGAGUUGCCGACGAGUCCUUCUUGACGUAAUGCGCCGCGCGCUAAGUCCUCGACGGGGGCCAUACAUUCCGUCUAGAGGACGGACGGCCUCAACGGCGUCAUGUGAUUGGCCCGCGAACCGUCGCGGAUGCAAUGUGGUUCACACAUCUCGGGCAUCGCGAUCGAUCGCGAACAUGUACUCGUCUGCGAAAGCAGAGAGCUUUCUCUUUCAGACCAACCAGACAAGGCAUGAACCGCCGUUGCGUUUCCCGCGGCUAGCCUGUGGCGACGUCACAACUGCGUUUUGUGGCUUCGUGGCGUUGGCUGGCGUUGUUAUGCUUGCGUGCGGUGACGACUACACCCUUGUCGGGAAAAUUCUAGCGCUCGUCGGCGGAUGUGGUCUCGGCGCAGGGAUGAUGAACGCUCUGUUCGUGCACUUGCUCUUCCGCCGUGUCCGUGGCUGCAUCGGGGCUGGCGUCUUCCAUCGGCAAUCAAAAGAGAUCGCCAUACAGUUGCAGCGCCUGAUGAUGCACACGUUCUUCUCGCCGCCGACUCUAGCUGCGUAUGCGAACUCGUUAGCUUCGAACCAAGGCGCAAUCUAUGCCACCGUGCGCUCGAAACUCGACCAGCCCAACGCCCACAUCUCCCUCAUCAACGCGUUCUCCUUUGUUGCGGCAACUCCCGACGGGGCUGUGUUGAAUUCGUUGGCUGGUAUGUUUGGAGGCAUCGAGCCCAUGGUACCAAAGAUCAAGCCUCUCUUGGUGGCCCUCGCAGCAGAAUGGGACCAGCAACACCCGUCUUUACUGUCGAGAACACAAGCCGUGAUCGGUGCAUCGUCGGAGGAUGUCGUUGUCCAACGGCUGUCCCAAGAGAUUGGCAACUUCCUUCAUACGCGCGCGAUGCGGCUCGACCCGCCAGAAGUUUCUGUGAUGCUGGAAACUCUUGUCGCCCCGCACCUGACGUGGAUCGUGGUGUGGGGAAAUCUGUUUGGCCUGUUUCUCGGUGGAAUCGUCGCCCUGUGUACACUUGCUACUUGAUCCCCAUAACACUCCACUUCUGUCGACA